AUUCAUUCAUUCUGACAUCCCGUCCAGUCAGCAGCCAGUGUAUCAGAAAACAGGAACAUCAGAAGGCCUGUAAGCAGAAGAAUCCACAACACACCAUCAGGGUAGAUCCCGCAUCAUCUUGUGCUCAUUACUUCCCAAACAUUCAGUAGUGUUUAGUGUCUCGUGCAGAGCUGUAAUCAAAACUAAAAGUUUUGUGAACCGUCACAAUGGAGCUUUGAUAUUAACUAGUGCUUUGAUUCGAAAACAUAUCUCUGCUGUCUAUCGCGGGACGGGAGAAGUGUACCAGUGACCCAACAGCUGCUUGCAAGGCUCAUGCGAAUCUUCCGCUCCAGUCGGAGAAUAAUGAGCACCAGCUAUCCAGAUGCACCCCUUGGGAUUCGACUUGUAACCGCGCUGUGCGGGAAAAUUUGUCCCCGAUGGCAGAUCAAUCGACUGCUCUGGUUCAAAUGCUCGGUGCUCACGCUCACCUAUCUGGCGUACAUGUGCUAUCACAUGACAAGGAAACCGCUCUCCGUAGUUAAAUCCGUACUGCACCGCAACUGUACUGGCGUACAGAUUCCACCGGAAUUCAUCCACAACGGUGGAGAGCCCCCGAACGAUAGCACCUGGUGUGACUAUGCGCCCUUCGAUGGGUCCGACUCGGCUGCGCUGCUGGGGACGCUGGACUCGUCAUUUCUGUUCAGCUAUGCCAUUGCAAUGUUCUUCUCCGGGUUUAUUGCCGAAAGGGUCUCCCUGCGAUACUUUUUGACCUUCGGCAUGCUAUUUUCCGGCAUUUUUUGUUAUCUGUUUGGCAUUGCUAAGGUAUAUGAUAUCCAUUCGAUGAUGUACUUUGUAUUCGUACAAGCGAUGGCCGGCGUUUUCCAAACAACCGGAUGGCCAGGAGUGGUUACAAUUGUCGGCCGUUGGUUUGGAAAGUCAAAGCGCGGCUUGAUUUUCGGCAUUUGGAACAGUCAUACAUCGAUUGGAAACAUCCUAGGGACACUGAUAGCUGGAUACUAUGUGGAAAAGGAUUGGGCCAUGUCAUUUGUGGUGCCCGGAUUCGUAAUGGGGGUGUUUGGGUUCAUCAUGUUCCUGUUUCUGGUGGACCGACCCGAGAUAGUGGAUUGCCACGAGAAAGUUGGCGAUCGCAGAGGAGGCUAUAGGAGGAUCGAUGACGGCAGAGUUGGAGAUUCUGGCGGAACCUCUGAUGCGGAAGAAUCUGUUGGAACCAACAGUGAGCAGGAAAAUCCUUCGCUAAGAAGCUUACGAGGCAGCUUUUAUUCUAAUAUCAUAGAUGUAAACGAACGCACACCAAUAAUAGGCAGUAUUAAUCGAACACCUGUCCCGGACAAUGCAAUUGGAUUUGGCGGUGCCUUACGGAUUCCGGGGGUUGUAGAGUUCUCCAUGUGUCUGUUCUUCUCCAAACUUGUCAGCUACACAUUCCUCUUCUGGUUACCACUGUACAUUCAGUCGUCCACUACGCUGGGAGCAGAACUAAGUGCAGAUUUAUCGACACUGUUCGAUAUCGGUGGCAUCGUAGGCGCCAUCGCAGCCGGUCUAAUCUCCGAUUACUCCGGAAUGUCCGCAACAACAUGCACUGGCAUGCUGGCGUUAGCCGCACCUGCUCUGCUGAUCUACCAACAAUGGGGUGCUCUCUCUCUAUCAUUCAACAUUUGUCUGCUCUUCGUUGCCGGAGUGCUUGUCAAUGGCCCAUACGCACUUAUUACUACUUCCGUGAGUGCUGAACUUGGUCAACACAGUUCAUUGAACGGUAACGGCAAAGCACUUGCUACUGUGACCGCGAUCAUUGAUGGAACAGGAUCGAUCGGGGCUGCCGUUGGACCGCUGAUUGCGGGUUUGAUUUCGUCAUCCGGUUGGGAGAACGUCUUCUACAUGCUCAUUGUAUCGGACAUUUUGGCCCUUUUGCUUCUGUUGCGGCUUGUGAGCAAGGAAAUAUCGCGGCGAUCGAGGCGACGCAAUGUCCGAAUAGAGUAACGUGAUAUAGCUGAGUGGUAAACUUCAAGAAAGCUACAUAGCCUAAAGAUUUUCAACAAAAUGACUACCUAGCUAAUAUGAACUGAUAUUUAAGCAUCUCAAGCGAAAACUUUUAAAUAAUGAUUUUCCUUUUUUGCGGAAAGCUUCAAAA